GACCCGACUAGUGGAUGAGGCAAAGGCUGUGGAUGUAGUCUACCUAGACUUCAGUGAAGCCUUUGACUCUGUCUCCCACGGUAUUCUCCCAGAGAAGGUGGCAGCCCAUGGCUUGGGCAGGUGUACUCUGCUGCGUCAAAACCUGGCUGGACGGCCGGGCCCAGAGAGUGGUGCUGAAUGGAGUUCAAUCCAGCUGGCGGUGGUCGCUAGCGGUGUUCCCCAGGGGGUCAGCGUUUGGGCCAGUCCUGUUUAAUAUCUCGAAUGAUGAUCUGGACGAGGGGAUUGAGCGCACCCUCAAUAAGUUUGCAGGCCACACCAUGUUGGGAGGAAGGCUUGAUCUGCCUGAGGGUAGGAAGGCCCUACACAGGGAUCCGGAUGGGCUGGAUCGUUGGGCCGAGGCCAAUUGUAGGAGCAUCUACGAGACCAAGCGCCGGGUCCUGCACUUUGGUCACAACAACCCCAUGCAACGCAACAGGCUCGGGGCAGAGUGGCUGGAAAGCUGCGCGGAAGAAACGGAUCUGGGGGCAUUAGUCAACAGCCGCCUGAACAUGAGCCAGCGGCGUGCCCAGGGGGCCAAGAAGGCCAACGGCAUCCUGGCUUGGAUCAGAAAUCACGGAGUCAGCAGGACGAGGGAGGUGAUCAUCCCUCUGUACUCGGCGCUGGUGAGGCCGCACCUCGAGUACUGCGUGCAGCUUUGGGCCCCUCACUACAAGAAAGACGUUGAGGCUCUGGAGCGUGGCCAGAGGAGGGCAACGAAGCCGGUGAAGGGACUGGAGCACAAGACCUAUGGGUAGCAGUUGAGGGAACUGGGAUUGUUUCGUCUGGAGGAGGGGAGGCUCAGGGGAGAGAGACCUUAUCGCCUCUUUACAACUACCCGAAAGGUGGUUGUAGCGAGGUGAGGGUUGGCCGCUUCUCCCAGGUAACUAGCAACGGGACAAGAGGUAACGGCCUUAAGUUGCGCCGGGGGGAGCUUCAGGUUGGAUAUGAGGAAAAACGUAACAAGUUGUCUUAUUCCGCUUCUUCAAACGGUUUAAUUCAGAGUCAUUCACAGCUGCGAUCGUCACUCACGCAAGCGGAUCUACUGCUGACAAAUCGAGAUUCCUUGAGGAACGGCCACACAGUAAUUUCAUUUAGCAAGUUUCAACUAUUUAGAUUUUAAUGCAAAUAUUUAUUAGCAUUUUGAAACUCCCCCACUCCAGUAAGCCUUGAAUGCAAUCGCAAUUCAACAAAGACUCAAGUAAAGCCAGAGGCCUAACAAAGCACGAGAGGUGAUUACAUGCAAAAGCCUUACGGUGCCUGUAGCUACCCCUCCUACUGGUUAUGGAACAAUACUACGGCUUUUGUUUUUUUGGUUUUUUUUUGCUUUAUUGUUUGUUUGUUUGUUUGAUUGAUUGUUUUUUUAUGUUUUGUUCAUAUGUAAAAAAAAGAGAAAUGGACAAGGGCAGCCGAGUCUCAAAGACAGCAGAAGCGCAACAAUCGCCGACUCAAGUAUCACAAAGUCUUUUCCAUUUGGGAAAGUUUCCGCGGGAGAAAUUAAUUCUCUACGUCGCAAAAUCCGCGACUGAAAAGAAAGCAGUGGCAAAACUCCGAGUUUGGUUAAGAACAGGCUGACGCGCACCGGUCAGAAAUCAUGCAGGUAGAGUUUAUUUGGCCUCGCGACGGGGCC